AUUUGUUCUGUUACAAGAAAAAGAAAAUGUAAAUGAUGUACAGACGGAUCAUUGUUUUGAUAAUAAUUUUACUGGCGAAUGUGAACCUUCAAAAAGCUCUCAUAAAAGACCAUUAAAAUCAACAAGCAAUAACAAUGCUGAUAGUGACAAGGCUACAUUUGCUUAUACUUCACCACCUAAAAAACUUUGUACUAAUAUACAACAUAAUAGUAUAGAAUUAAUGUCAUGGAAGCAAGCAAAAGAAAAAAUGACUACUCUUUUCACUGAUGAAGAUGAACGUGGAAAAAUCAAAGGCCUUCUUUUGAACAAACCACUAGAAGAACGGUUAGAAUAUUUUGAGGGUGAAGAUAAAGAGAUAGUUGCUUCUCUUAAAAUGCUUUUACAAGAUUAUGCUUUAUUAAAUGAAGACUUUUUAGAGCAACUUAGCAAAAAAAUAGCUGAAAAAUUAUGCAAACAAAAACAAACAACUGAAUACAAACCAGCAUCAGCAGCAGUUUGGUCCCAGUUUCAGGAUGUAAUCAAUUCAGUUGAAAUUUGGAACAUUGCAGCAGAUAUAAAUUAUCCAAGAAAUGGUGAUUUUAUAAAUAAUCAUGUAAAUAAUAUUCAAGCCAAAUUAUCGAAUAUGACUGAAAAUUUUGUUGAAAUACUUGGUGAAGUUUUGGUUUCAAUAUGUGUUUCCAUUCAUUUUAUUGAAUUAUUGAAAUCAUAUCCAAAUUUCUUCUGGAAUGACAGGAAACAGUCUUACAAAUCAAAAAAUUACAGAUUAGUUGGUAGAUAUGAUUUAUCUCUUGUUAGAAGAACUGGAUCAUUUUGGUAUCAGGGUAGGUUAUGUUUUAUUAUCAAAUGGAUCAAUUUGGGAAUACUUACAGAUAAUCAUAGUAUCAAUUAUGAAUAUGCUGGCCCAUAUGAAUCUGGUAGUGUUGAAUUAAUUAAAGGGUUGAUAUGUAUUUUGGAAAAUACUAAUAAUACUAAUACUACUGAGAUAACAUCAUUAGAAUUAGAAAGAAUUAGUGAAAGUAAUAAUGAUGACAAUACAUUUGUUAAUGGCAAUGAUGAUGACAUUGAUAAUAAUUAA